GAAAUCCUAAUGCCCAAAUGCCAAAUCGGAGACUCUGACUGAGAGUCCGAGUGGAACACCCCUAACCCAGCCAGUCUCUCUGCUCUCUCCGCCUCUCCCCCUCACCCUCACCCUCACCCCGUCACUCUCUCGUCUCUCCCCUCACCUCGACAGUCGUCACUCUCAGUCGCUCACGGCCCCACCUCGUCGCUCUCUCAGUCUCUCACCUCAUCCCCUCACCUCGGUCGUCGCGGUCCCGUGCCCCUGCCCUCGCUUCGCCGGCGGCAGAAGCAGACGGAACCGGAUCUGGUCCCUUGGGUGGUGGUGGUGGUCGUCUUCUUGCUUCUCACGGUCUCUGUCUCGCACCUGGUCUCGACCUCUCCCUUCCCUGCGCUCUUCGUCGCCGGUAGCAGAGGCAACAGAUCCCGGUGGGCUGGUCUUCGUUGUCGUCUUCUUGCUUCGAGCCUUGCCGUCAGCUUCUCCCUCGCCAUCAGCUUCUCCUUCGCCGUCAGCUUCUCCUUCGCCGUCAGCUUCCUUCGUGCAACCCGAUUUGCGGCGGGACAUGGGAUGCUGAGAACCUCACGGAUGAGCUCUGGUUCCAGCUGAACACACUAACGGCGACUCCCACAAAAUUAGAUCUUGCUCUUCAUUCACUCCUUUCUUGGCAACUCCAUUGCCUUUCCUCAAGGUAUGCCUCAAUUUCAGAUUCCAAUUUGCGAUUAACAAGAGUUGGGUGCUUUGCUUUAUUCCACUGCCAAAUUCUUGACGCCAUUCUCCAAUGCUACUUUGUCGUUGUUCCUAAUCUCACCCUCGUUCCUCUCAAAUCGAAUCAUCUGGCGGCGGCGGAGUACCAAACCAGGGUUGAGUGAGCCUCACUGUCUCCGGCAUUCAAGAAAAUGCAGAGAUUUUCGAGAAAAACAUUGCUUUUCUUCAAAAAAGUUAUCUUUUUCCAACUUCCCUUGACAAAUUCAUUAACAGUCAUUGGACAUGAAAAUACACUAUCCCAGCUGUUUUCUACUAGUUUUGAGGCGUGUUCACCACCACUCAAUCAUAAGUCCUCAGAAUUUGAUAAUAGUAGCAGCUGCAUCAGCAGUGCCGCGUCAAAAAACCAUUUUGGCCUUAUUCACCUUCAAUGUAGUCCAGAAAAGGAUAUAAAUGACCAAAGCUACGAUGAGUUUGCCUCUGAUGUGGAAAAAGUUUAUAGAAUAUUGAGAAAAUACCAUUCUAGGGUUCCCAAAUUGGAGCUUGCUUUGAAAGAAUCUGGAAUUGUUGUGAGGCCUGGAUUAACUGAGCGCAUCUUGAAUCGAUGCGGCGAUGCCGGGAAUUUGGCGUAUAGAUUCUAUGCAUGGGCUUCUAAGCAGUCCGAUUAUCAACACAGUCAAGAAGUUUACAAAGCUAUGAUUAAGGUUUUGGGCAAAAUGCGGCAAUUUGGAGCUGUUUGGGCACUAAUUGAUGAAAUGAGGCAAGAGAAUCCUAUGUUAAUUUCUCCACAGAUGUUUGUUAUUCUGAUGAGGAAGUUUGCUUCUGCAAGGAUGGUUCAGAAGGCUAUUGAAGUAUUAGAUGAAAUGCCCAAUUACAGAUGUGAGCCUGAUGAAUAUGUUUUUGGGUGUUUGUUGGAUGCAUUGUGCAAGAAUGGUAGCAUUAAGGAAGCCGCUUCGCUUUUUGAGGACAUGAGAUAUCGAUUUCCUCCAACCAUCAAACAUUUCACUUCCUUGUUGUACGGUUGGUGUAGAGAAGGGAACCUUAUGGAAGCAAAACAUGUGUUGGUGCAGAUGAAGGAUGCAGGCAUUGAACCGGAUAUCGUUGUUUAUAACAAUUUGCUUAGUGGUUAUGCUCUAGCUGCGAAAAUGGGGGAUGCUUAUAAUCUUUUGAAGGAGAUGAGAAGGAUAGGUUGUGGACCGAAUGCAACCUCGUACACAAUUUUGAUCCAAUCACUAUGCAAACAUGAAAAAUUGGAGGAGGGAAUGCGGUUAUUUGUUGAGAUGCAGAGAAAUGGCUGUGAUGUGGAUGCCAUAGCCUAUACAACAUUGAUUAGUGGGUUUUGCCAGUGGGGAAAGGUUGAAAGAGGUUAUGAGCUUUUGGAUCGGAUGAUACAACAAGGCCUUGUGCCAAAUCAACUGACUUAUCAUCAUCUCAUGUUGGCCCAUGAAAAGAAGGAAGAACUGGAGGAGUGUAUGGAACUGGUGAAUGAGAUGCACAAGAUUGGUUCCACUCCUGACCUUAACAUCUACAAUACGGUUAUUAGGUUGGCUUGCAAGUUGGGAGAGAUCAAGGAAGGUGUUCGGCUUUGGAAUGAAAUGGAAGCAAGUGGGCUUAGUCCAGGCAUUGACAGCUUUGUCAUAAUGAUUAAUGGCUUUCUUGAGCAAGGUUUUCAGAUUGAAGCUUGUGAACAUUUCAAGGAGAUGGUUGGCAGAGGGCUUUUUACUACCCCUCAAUAUGGUACAUUGAAGGAGUUGAUGAAUUCCCUUUUAAGAGCUCAAAAGCUUGAACUGGCUAAGGAUACUUGGAAUUGUAUCACAUCUACCAAAGGGUGUGAGCUGAAUGCGGGUGCAUGGACAAUAUGGAUUCAUGCACUCUUUUCAAAUGGGCAUGUGAAGGAAGCUUGUUCCUUCUGCAUAGACAUGUUGGAUCAGGGGUUAAUGCCACAGCCGGAUACUUUUGCCAAGCUAAUGCGUGGUCUGCGAAAACUAUAUAACAGACAAUUUGCGGUAGAGAUCACUGAAAAGGUGAGGAAAAUGGCUGCUGAUCAGAAGAUCAGUUUCAAGAUGUACAAGCGGAGAGGAGAGAGGGACUUGAAAGAAAAAGCGAAGGAGAAAAAGGAUGGGAGGAAGAGGAGGGCGAGGCAACGCCAUUGGGGUGGACGCCGUCAGAAAUCUAACACAUUAUAAAUUUCGCUAGUGAAGCUUGACAUACAUUCUAGAGGUUCCCCAAACGAGACACUCAUUUUGGACCAGAAUUUGGUGAAGCAAUUUAAUUGGAUGAAAAUUAUUGAUGUUAUUUGGUUUGAUUCAAGGCAUGAUCGAAGACAUGGGAGAAGCUGCUUCGUUCUUUGAGAGGAUAUGACCCAUCCACUUCACCAUAUCAGUGCUAUUAAGCACAUUGCUCAUGGGCAAUUUGAAGAGGAACUUCUGAGAUUCCUGCAGCAUUGUGCAAUAUUGAUUUAGGGGCUCUGGAAGCGCAUUGCUACCUCUUAAAAGAGACAAUUCAGAAGGGUUUGGUUGUUCUUGCUGAAUUAUACAACUUCAUGGAGGAACUUCUUCAAUCUACACAAACUCAACAAGCUCUUCUACAUCACCAAGAUGGAAAGAUUGUAGAAGAGGAAUUAAGUAUAGUGGAUCAGUUGCAUUGCUUGAUGCUUGUGGUUCUUCAAGGGAUUUGUUGUUAGCUCUAAGGGAACAAGUUCAGUUGCUUCAAUUGGCGAUUUGACGAACAAGAAGAGGAGAUUCAAGCAUUGUUGAAAGCAGUGUUUCUGCUUAUGAAUGCUUUAGAAAGAAGGCAAAGAAAGAAAUCACUAAGCAACUUGGUAUGCUAAAGAAAAUGGAAAGCAACAAAGAUAGUUCAAUUUCUUCUUUGUUGGGUCAAGAUCAGAAUCUAGUGUUCUUUGCUAGAGUUCUAAGAGAAUCAAGAACUAUAACCACAUCUAUAUUUUGUUCUCUUCUAUUGUUCAGCCAGCACUUGGAACAAAAGGGUCAUCUUUGAUCUCAAAGUUGAAGCCAAAAAGAUUGGUCUUUUCUUCUUCAAACAAGGAACUGAAUAAGAACAAUGAUGGAGUGGUAGCAGAUCUCAACAUUGCUCUUUGUUCUCUCCUUGGAAGAGAGAAAAAUGGUGGUGAUUCAAUUAACAGUGAAGUUCAAGGAGCAUUGAGAGUUUUAGAGACACUUAUUGCUGAUCUUGAUGGAUUAGAGGGUGGAUUAAAUUGUAUGUUUAGAUGUUUAGCAAGAAAUAGAGUUUCAUUUCUUAAUAUGCUACUCAUUAGUAAUUAAUUAGCACAAUGAUUUUGAGUGAGGUACAUAUAAAUUCAAUGUCUUUUG